GCCUUAAUUUCCUUUCAAUCUCUUCCUAUAUAUUUCCCACUUCUUGUGGUUUCUUUCUCAUUCACUUCACCACUUUCGAGACACAAUUGCUUGUCCCCCGGACAUAUAUCAUUAUAUAUAAUUUAAUAACCUCUUUCUUCCCAGACUCCAAACUAUAUACCUCUACAAUGGAAUCCAAAUCCUUGGUCGACAGUAGUACUUCUCUGGACCUCAAUCUGAAUCCUUUCCGGCCUAUGGAUCAUGAAGAAGCUCCGAACGAGUUUGAUGGAGUUUUAGGCGCUCAGGCUUGUGAUCAGAAAGCAUCCAUUAAAGAAGAGGCUGGCCAUUUGGCUGAGGAGUUGGAUCGUAUAAGCUCUGAGAACAAGAAGCUGACUGAAAUGUUAGCUCGCAUGCGUGAGAACUUCAAUGCUUUGCAAAGCCAUUUGAUAGAUAUCGAGAGCAAGAACUCCACAAAGGAAAUAUUCAUUAAAUCGAGGAAGAGAAAGGCCGAGGAAGAGUAUUUUGGAAAUAUGUUUAGCCACUCUAGCAAUGAAGAGUCAUAUUGCAAAAAGGCCGAGAACUUCAACACCAAGGUUUCAAGGGUUUGUGUACGGACGGAUGCAUCCAACACGAACCUAGCUGUGAAGGAUGGAUAUCAGUGGAGAAAAUAUGGCCAAAAGGUCACUAGAGAUAACCCAUCUCCAAGAGCUUAUUUUAGGUGCUCCUUUGCACCAAGCUGCCCAGUCAAGAAGAAGGUGCAAAGGAGUACUGAAGAUCCAUCUCUUUUGGUAGCCACAUAUGAAGGAGAGCACAAUCACAUGCACCCUUUUCGAGCUGAUCAAUUAUCAUCAUCAUCAGGAGGCUCAAGCCAAUGUGCAAACCUUGGUUCUGUUCACUCAUUCUCAUCCAUGAGAUCUUCAUCACGUCCUACGGUGACACUUGAUUUGAUCCAGUCCGGAUUGUGCGAAAGUGCCAAAAACUCAAAUCAACAUGUUGAUUCACCCGCUUUCCAGCAGUUUUUGGUCCAACAAAUGGCUUCUUCCUUGACAAGAGAUCCCAAUUUCACAGAAACACUUGCCGCGGCCAUUUCCGGAAGAAUUUUAGACUAUACUCAGAAUUGAAAAAUCGUGACAUUAGGAGUACACUUAUAUAGACAGUUUAUAUAUAUUGUUGUUUUCUGGCUCCAUGCACUCGGAAAUAGCUAGCGUACGUAGGGCUACUGUAAAUAGAAUUCGAAAGUAAUGGAUCUUUUUCUUUUCUUUUUUUUUUUUUUUGGUUCUACAGUACCUCUUUGUAUUGAGCUUUAAGGGCUCGUGAAUAUGGGUAGUUUUCUUUGUAUAUUUUUCAGCAA